AUGCAUUUACAUCCAUCAUUUGCGCAGGCGGUGCAGGAAUGCGUCUCGAGGUAUCCGUUGCGCCAUGACCCGCGCACCGCGCCGCUGGCGUAUGGGACGGCCGGAUUUCGUACAGCAGGAGUUCUGUUGCCUCCUGUGGCGGCGCGUGUUACCUUUGUGGCGGUGCUGCGGGUGUGCUGGGCCGUUGGUAACCGCGCGGCGCCCGCUGGCUGUUCUGUCGGUUGCAUGGUGACAGCCUCGCACAACCCCGCCGCGGACAAUGGCUUGAAGCUUAUCGACGUGGAUGGUGGCAUGCUGGCGGUCCUCUGGGAGAAAGUCUGCACGGCGGCCGCCAACGCCGCCACCGCGGCGGAGCUUCUUGCCGUUUUGGAGGAAUGGGCGGUCGGCAGUAAUAUUGCCACGCCUGCCUCCAUGGAGGAGCUGAUGGUUCGUUGUCCCUUUUCUGUGGUGCACCUUGCACGUGACACGCGCUCGUCUGGGAGGGACGUUCUCGCCGCCGUACAUGCCUCGCUGCAGUCGCUGCACGUGCCCUGCAGGGACCACGGCCUCAUCGCAACGCCGCAGCUGCAUUACUUGGUGCUGCGCGCCAAUCGACCCGUGACGGUGGCGGAGGUCCCAAACGUUUCCGACUUUGGGCCCGCGCUCUACAGACAGGAGGUGCUUUCCUCUCUGGCGGCACUGUUGCACGCCCUGGCGACGUCGACGCCGAAUACGCGACGACGUCGCCAGAAAAUUGUGUUGGAUGCGGCAAAUGGCGUGGGCGCCGUUGCCGUCAAGGCUUUGCUUGCGACGGCGCAGCAGGUGCUUCCACAGAAUCCGUUGGAGGACUUUUUUGACGUCGUCGUGCUGCACGACGACUGGGAACACGAGGACGCCCUUAAUCAUAUGUGUGGCGCCGACUUUACGCAGCGCACCCGUUCUCCGUCGGAGGCGAUGAAGAGGUGGGCCGCGGCGCAUGCGCGGCAGCAGCUGCAGGAGGCUGCCGAGGAGCGGGAGGAGGUCCACUAUUACUCGCUCGACGGCGACGCCGACCGUGUCGUCGCGUUCCUGCACGACUGCAGUGGGGGGGACGAGGCGUGGCACUUGCUGGACGGCGACCGUGUGGCCAUUCUGUACGCCAUGCUGCUGCGGCGGUGUCUUGGGACGGCGGCGCUGCAGCUCCUCGACGUGGGGGUGGUGCAGACGGCCUACGCCAACGGGGCCUCGUCGGAGUACCUGCAGCACUGCCUUGGGCUUCGCGUGUACUCCACCGCCACGGGCGUGAAAAAUCUGCACCCCAUUGCCCACGCGCGUGACAUUGGCGUGUACUUUGAGGCCAACGGCCACGGCACGGUUUUGUUCAACACCGACGCCAUCGCAUCGAAGCUCGCGACACCGACGGAGCCGCACGCGCGUGCCUUGUUGCGGCACCUUCCGCUGCUUCUUUCGCAGGUGUGCGGGGACGGCAUCGCCGACGCGUUCGCCUGCGAGGUGGCGCUGUUGGCGCUGCAGAUGGACUUCGCCGCCUGGUAUCGCCUCUACGCGGACCUGCCCUCGCGCCAAACAAAGAUUACAGUGCCGAACCCAAAAGUAAUUACAACCACCCCCGACGAGCGGCGGGCAUUGACGCCGCCGGGGCUGCAGGAGGCGAUAGAUGCAGCGGUGACUGCCACAGCUUCGGCUGCGCAAUCGGUGGCGAGAGCGUUUGUGCGACCGAGCGGCACGGAAGCGCUGGUUCGCGUCUACGCUGAGGCGAGCAGUGCGGAGCAGUGCAAGCGGCUUAGCGAGGAGGUGGAGAGUCUCGUGCGGCGGUACUGUGGCGCACCGGCGAAUGGGGCGGCGGUGCAGGGAAAGUGA